GCUGCUGGUCACAGCGGGAGCCGGGCUCCUCGGCCGGGCGAUGGGGAAACUGCAGAGUAAAAUCAGCUCCCACACCACCAAGUACAGGGCCACUGGCUCCAUGGAAGAAACGGGACCCGCUCGAGCCCCUCGGCGACACGACCCCGUACACACCGACGGUGUCACCACUGUGGCUGCUCUCACACCAGACCUCUGCGUGUCGGGGGGAAGGGAUAAGAGCGUGGCCGUUUGCAGCUGGAGAUCCGGGGCUGAGCUGCGGCGGUUCCUCGGCCACCAGCGGGAGGUCACCAAGGUCACCUCUGCCUCAAACAGAGUCUUCAGCGCAUCCCGGGACAAGACGGUGAUGAUGUGGGAGCUUCACGGGGCUCCGGGGCCGAGCCAGCGCUUCCUGGGACACGACUUGGUUGUUACUGGGCUGGCUGUGAGCCCAGAUGCCUCCUGGCUGUGCACGGGCUCACGGGACAACACCGUCUGCAAGUGGGACAUAGAGACCGGGGAGUGUCUGGGCAGAGCUGCCAUCUCCAGGAAUCUGGUCACACAUCUGUGCUGGGUUCCUGGGGAGCCUUACGUCGUCCAGACCUCAGAGGAUAAAACCGUCAGGGUCUGGGACAGCCGGGAGCUGCGGGUGGCCCACACCUUCCCAGCCAAGGGACACAUUCAGACCAGCUGCGACGUGAGCCAGGACGGGCGGCUCUGCCUCAGCACCAGCAGCGGCUGCGCUGGGGAGGGCGGCGAGGCCACCCUGUGGGACCUGCGCCAGACCCGGGACUGCGUGCGGGAGUACAGAGGACAUCUCCAGACCACCACCUCCUGCCUCUUCCUUCCACAGGGCCUGGUGCCCACCCCCAGCAUCGCCACGUCCUCGUACGACAGCACGGUGAAGGUCUGGGAGCGGGACACCGGAGCCUGCCUGGCCACCCUGUGCCUGGAGGGAGCUGGCCCGCUGGCCUCGCUGGCCGCCUGCGACGGCUCCGCGCUGCUCUGCGCCAGCCUGAAGGCGGGGAUCCACGUGCUGCGGCCGAGGGAGCGGGCGGACGCGGCGCUGGAGGAGGUGGCCGUGCUCUGACCCCAGGAACCUUUUGGGACACAAGUCCCCGAGAGCUCCCCGGGACUGCAAACAGCAGGAGACCUCGUGCCCGGGGCCCAGCGAGGUGGCACCAGUGGG